AUGAUCCUUGAGGAGAGACUGGACGGCCAGGGCGCCGGCGAGGAAAGCGGCGUCCGCAAGGGCUGUGACCCCCUGAUGCAGACGCAGCAUGGCGGGCUGCAAAGCCGCAGGGCCCGGAUCUACCAGCAGAUCAGCAAGGAGCUGCAGAUGCGGACAGGCGCUGAGAACCUGUACAGAGCCACCAGCAACCACCGGGUCAGGGAGACAGUUGCCCUGGAGCUGAGCUAUGUCAACGCCAACCUGCAGCUGCUGAAGGAGGAGCUGGAGCAGCUUGAUGGCAGCGUGGAAACGUGCCGGCAUGGGAGCGAAGGUGUUGCUGCCCCCAUGAUCCCCCUGGGUCUGAAGGAGACCAAGGAGCUGGACUGGGCCACACCCCUGAAGGAGGUGAUCUCGGGGCACUUUGGAGAGGACAGCGCCUCCUACGAGGCAGAGAUCAGGGAGCUGGAGGCCCUGCGGCAGGCCAUGCGGAACCCCAGCCGGAACGAGGCGGGCCUGGAGCUGCUGGCAGCCUACUACAACCAGCUCUGCUUCCUGGACGCACGCUUCCUCACCCCCGCCAGGAGCCUGGGGCUCUUCUUCCACUGGUACGACUCGCUCACGGGGGUCCCGGCCCAGCAGCGCACCCUGGCCUUCGAGAAGGGCAGCGUGCUCUUCAACAUUGGUGCCCUCCACACGCAGAUCGGGGCACGCCAGGACCGCUCCUGCGCCGAGGGCAACAGCCGCGCCAUCGAGGCCUUCCAGAGGGCUGCUGGGACCUUCAGCCUCCUGAGGGAGAACUUCUCCCAUGCGCCGAGCCCGGACAUGAGCGCUGCCUUGCUCUGCGCACUGGAGCGGCUCAUGGCUGCCCAGGCCCAGGAGUGCGUCUUCGAGGGCCUCUCGCUGCCUGCCCCCGCGGCCCCCAGCGACGGCCCUGCCCAGCUGCAUCUGGCUCAAGAGGCUGCCCAGGUGGCAGCCGAGUACAGGCUCGUGCACCAGACCAUGGCCCAGCCGCCCGUCUGUGACUACGUGCCCGUCUCCUGGAAUGCCCUGGUGUGCGUCAAGGCCGAGUUCUUCCGCUCCCUGGCCCACUACCACGCAGCCGUAGCCCUCUGUGAUGGCUCCAUGGUGGCCAAGGGAGAGCUUCCCACGCAUGAGCAGGUCUUCCUCCAGCCCCUGGACUGCGCACCCCAAGGACUCGCACUGUCACAGGAGCCCGAGGAGUGCAGGAGACUUGGCAAGGCCCACCUGAAACGUGCCAUCCUAGGGCAGGAGGAGGCGCUACGGCUGCACGCCGUGUGCCGCGUCCUGCGCGAGGUGGACCUGCUGCAGGCUGUGGUGGCCCAGGCGCUGCGGCGCUCGCUGGCCAGGUACUCGGAGCUUGACCGUGAGGAUGACUUCUGCGAGGCUGCUGAGGCCCCUGAUAUCCAGCCUAAGACCCACCAUAAACCAGAGGCCAGGACGCCCUGCCUGUCCCAGGUGAAGGUGGCUGACAUCUUCCACCGGCUGGGGCCCCUGUCGGUGUUCUCAGCCAAGAACCGGUGGCGACUGGUGGGGCCUGUCCAUGUGACCCGAGGAGAGAGUGGCUUCGGCUUCACGCUUCGGGGAGACUCCCCCGUCCUCAUUGCCGCUGUCAUUCCAGGGGGCCAGGCUGCGGCGGCCGGACUGAAGGAGGGUGACUACAUUGUGUCGGUGAACGGGCAGCCGUGCAAGUGGUGGAAGCACACGGAGGUGGUGGCCCAGCUGAAGGGUGUGGGAGAGGCAGGAGUGAGCCUGCAGGUGGUGUCGCUGCUGCCCAGCUCGGGGCCACCUGGCGCGGGGGAUCGCCGGCCAGCCCUGCUGGGCCCCGGGGGACUUCUGAGGAGCCAGAGGGAGCGAGGUUGUAAGACGCCAGCACCGGCUCGGGCCAGCCCCCGGCCCCUCCUCGGAUGGAGCCGCAAGGCGAAGCAGGACAGGACUCGAGACAGUGCCCAGCCCUGUGCCCCAGCGGGGCCUGCUGCGACUGCCCCUGACCCACAGGCACUGCCCUCACCCUCUGAGAGCCCAGGGUGGCCGUGA